CUUUGCUAGCAGUAUGAAUCUACACUCGUCGAGUAGGGGUUUCGUUUGCGUCACGGGAGCAAGUGAGAGCACGGCAUAAAACGAGAGUUUGGUUUUGGUUUUUGCUGCACCAUUCGUGAUAAAAUGUCCCAUACUGUAGUUACAACCACAACCACCACUACAACGUCGACAUCUGACGGGGGUAUUCUAAACUUGGGUUAUGCACGAUCUCUACAGGGCUUGCUAAAAAUUGCCCAAGUGAUUGUAUUGCUGAUUGCAUUCUUGUGUGUCCACUGUGAACCUCGUUGGACGGAUUAUUCUGCCUACCGGUACUUUGAGGUGGUCACGGUGUGGUUCCUCAUAGCCUUCCUCAUCUUCUUCUUCAUGUACAUCUUCAGACUGCAGAAGAAAAUCCCCUGCAUCAACUGGACACUGACGGAGUUCCUGCAUUAUGCUGUGGGGGCUGUUCUCAUCCUCAUUGCAUCUAUAGUAGCUGCAGUGAAGAGCAGCAGCAUUUCUGCACUUGUAGCUGGAUCGGUGUUUGGGUUCAUUGCCACUUUUUUGCUUGCUAUCAGCAUCUGGAUGUCGUACAAGAUCACAUGUGGGUCCCAGCCAACAAGUGCAGCAGUGUAGGCUGUAAAUACAAGACAAAUCGGCUGCCUGCAUUUUGAAUGUUUUGGAAUGUUGCACAGAUGCUCAUCACCUUAAGUGCCUCAGAAAAAAAAAUGUUUCAUUGAACUUGGACCUUAACAGACAGACCUUGCUGUCUCACCAGUUGA